AUGAACAGCGGCAAUUUUAUCAUUCUCCUAACGGCCACCUUUCCCGCCCUCGCCAUAUCCUCCUUCCUCUUCUCUUUAGCAACAUACUUCCGGCCUCCUGGAGCGCAUUCAGGGACCCAAGAUCGUUUGGGCGAUCUCGAAGACAUGGAGGACAUUAUACCAGCACUCAUCCAAGAAGUCGGGGCUCUGAGAAGAUCGGUCGAUCGGGAAAGGCAGAGGACAAGGAGGCUGGAAGACGAAGUAAGAUAUAUGGGAAGGCGGCAGCGGAGAAACGACGAGACGGCGGACGAGGGCGGAGAUGAGGCAGAAAUGAAAGACGAUGAAGACGAAGAAGUGCAAAUGUGUCAUUUGGGAGAGUUACUUGUACGAAAUCUGUUCGAUGUCAACGAGUUUCUGGAAGGGCAGCGGGCCCGAGAGCUCGCUUGCCGUACGAUACAGAGGUCGAGGUUGAACAGGACUUGUGGUUCUGAUCCACGUCCUGCUAACGGCAUUCCGGAUGAGCUGUUCCAUGUUCCAAGCGUAUACAAAAUACGAGGUAGGAGCGACUCCAUACUAGACGAUGAGGAAGCGCUGGAGGCAGCAGCUGCCACAGCGCUACCGUCUAGCCCUGAAGAAGACUCAGAGUCCACGAACGAGGAAUCAAGCACACUCACACAGACCAUACAUCAAGGUAGGGGUGAAGAGACCAGCGCUCGAAUGCUAGUCGGAGAAGAUAUGUCCACGCUCCUGACGAGCGGCGAAAGUCAUACUCCCACAACGAAUGGACAUUCUCGAAUGCCUCAUCUUGAUACUGCCGACUACCAUGCCAUUCUCAUCACACCCUCCCCCAUGCGUCAGCGACCAAAUAUCCUCUACCCCUCCCCACGCGGCCCCACUCCCACAAGAAUAGUCAUUCGAAACGAUCCUGGAGGCUUGUGGCGCCGGAAUUUCUUAACAGAUGUUCUGACUGAUACAACGCCACAACUAGAACAGAGAAUCAUCCUCACUAUCAUCGAGAAUUAUCUAAGGUCGUUUGAGGAUAGUGCUGUGAGGCAUACUGCGUCGACGAACGGAAACGCUCGGCAUGCCGUACCCAGUAGCAGUCAUACCGAGCCAACUCGUUUAACGACCAACAUGCCCAAUGGAGAAAGACAUGCUCAUCAGACCAACGGCUACACUUAUCGCCAUACCCAUACUCCCUCUACCAACGACAGCAUUCAGUACCCUUCACUCCCAAACGGUCAUGGAAACAGCAGCCCUCCUCCCAAUAACAGUCGUUUCAAUGGCUACAUCUACGAACCCACGACUGACGACUCCAAUCAACAGGACUACGCCGAAGCACGACAAAUCACUCGGCCACUCUUCAACGUCCUGUACGCCGUGAGACCUUUCAUUAGCUCCCGCGUCAUCAGAGAUAUCAUAAUUAGAUACAUCAUAGCGAUGGAUCUGGGUUACACAGACCCUGAGAAUUCAGGGCGUAUCAGAUUGACUACAGCGGCUGAUCAACGUGAGGGUGUAAAUGGGGUUGUCGAUGACGAAGGCGUUGAAGAUCUGAGCGAAGAUGUAUGGAUGCGUGAGCCUAACAACGAGUAUCAAACUGGUACCAGUAGGGGAAGCGGAAGAGGUAUGAACGACAACAGAAACGGAAUUAUAAACACCUUCCACAUCAACGGCGGCAUUGUAACGCAAAACAACACCAGUCUUAAUGGCGCCCCCCUCACAAACGAUCGAACCCACACCUCCAACGCCUACACUCGAGCCCCAUCUCCAGAGCGGCUCACCACCGACCCAGAAGACAUCCGCUCCCGCUCCCGCCUCUCCACUCCCGAACUCAACGAAGCAAUUGGAAACUGGGGCUCCAUAUCCCGUACUCUUGACGGCCCCGUUCUACGCCUCCGCGCCAUCCGUGCUGAAGGUGCACUAGUUCAGGAUUCCCAUCUCCGUCCGCAUGCGGAUACGGGCUAUGGCGGAAGACCUCCGACGGAUGCUAGGCCUAAUGGGUACGCAACAGCAACUCAGCUCAUUCCCCCGAGUGUCUAUGUUGGGAAUGGUACGAGCAGUUCAUCUGAGUCUUCUACUAGGUCUUCGAGGAGUGCGUCGUUGAGUGGGACUACGCUUGUCAAUUCUGCUGUUGGGAGUACGGAUGGGGAUGCUGUGGUCACUCCUAAUCCGCCCAUAGAUGGAGAGACAUCAGACAAUGUGGAGUUAUUUCGGAACGGCGCAUACGAAACCCAUACAGCGAGGCUUAGGCGGCGUCGCGGUACGAGGAACAUGAGGAGAGCCGCGAGGGAAGAUGCACGAGUGGAGAGGGAGAGUGUGGAAGAGGAAAGUUCGGGGACUAGCAAAGACAGUAUGGAUGUGGACAUCGCGGAAGUGGAGGCUGCACGGUGGAGUCUUCGCAAUCAGAGGGGUACCAUGGAGGAAGAGAUGAUGCGGCACGUGUUGGAACGGGAUCGUGCGGCGCAGGCUCAGCAGGCGAAUAGUGUGGAAAUGAACGGGGUUGGGAGCGAAAGGAGUGAUGAGACUUCCGAAGUCUCCGAGACGAGGGAAAGGAGGCUUAAUAGCGAGUAA